GAAGUGGAACCAGCAGCAGUGGAGGAGGCGCAGCCAGGUCCCACGUAACGUUCCGUUCACCGAGAGAGAGAAAGUGGAGGAAGCACCGCGUCCCGCACUCUUAUCUCCGGGGGGAUUCACGCACUUUUAAAGCGUUGGUUCAGGAGCUGGAGGAGAUUUGCGUCAUGGAGCUGUAGCGCGGGUUUGAAUGGCGGCGGCGGCGGCUCCUUUGAUUCACGACACUGCGACAAAGUAACGUUAGUAAAAGAGACGGAACCGCGAAGAGGAAGAGGAAGAGGAGGAGGAGAAGAGGAAGAAGAAGGUGGAUUUAGUUUGUGUUAACGCUGUUUCCCUUUGUGCUCGAACCCUCUGGAUCCUGUCACCAUGACGCCGGAUCUCCUGAACUUCAAAAAGGGAUGGAUGUCAAAACUGGACGACAGUGGAGAGUGGAAGAAGCACUGGUUUGUUCUGACGGACGCUGGCCUGAAGUACUACAGAGACGCCAGUGCAGAGGAGAAAGAUGAUAUGGACGGAGAGAUCGACCUGAAAUCCUGUGUGAAGGUGUCAGAGUUUGAUGUGGAGAAGAACUACGGCUUUCAGAUACAGACGAGGGAGGCCGUGGUCACGCUGUCCGCCAUGACGGCUGGGAUCAGGCGGAACUGGAUAGAGGUUUUAAAGAAGUGCAUACGACCCAGCAGCUCCCCGGACCUCACACAAUUACCUGACAGCAGCAGCGACAAGGAGAACUCCCACUCGCGCUUCCUGGUGUCCUCCCGCCGGCCGUCUUCACGCCACGCCAACGAUCAGCUGGACGUUCCCUCCUCCGCGCCUCAGCGCAGGUUCGACUACGUGGAGCUGUCGCCCGUCCCCGCCUCCUCCAGUCCUCUCCCAGCCAGUCAGAGAGAGGCAGGCGAGGGGCAGGGGAGGGAGAGCCAAUGGCAGGAGGAGAGGAACACGAGCAGCCAAUGGGAGGCCGUGCUGUCCAGGAAGGGCACGGGCGUGGGAUCGAACCAAAGGCUACGCAUGGAGGACGACAUCGAGAGAAAGUGGGCGGAGUUUGAACGCUUGCCGCUAAAAGAGAUGAGCGCGCUACCGCCAAUGGGAUCACGGCUCUCGGGCCAGUCAGCCAAUGAGGCGCUGCAGAGGGAGGUGGCGUCACUGAGGCAGCAGCUGGAGCAACUACAACGUGGAGGGAGAGGAGGAGGAGGAGGUGGAGGAGGUGGUGUAGGAGGGGAUGUGCGGGGCGGCUGCGGCCCAGACGCCCCAUGUGGCCGCAGCCUGGCGGCCAUGGAGCGUGCUCACCGACAGGCGCUGGAGGAGCUGCAGCGGCAACACGACCGUCAGAUCAAGGAGCUGGAGACGGAGAAGGAGAAGCUGCUGCUGGAGGGGAAUCAGGACACGGCCCGAGUGAUGGAGGCUUUGAAGAAGAAACACAAAGAGGAGCUGGACAGAGAGGUGGAGCGAGUGAAGAGGCUGGGCAGCGGAGUGUUCGAUUCCCAGACUCUACGAGCUCAUCAACAGGCAGAGACCCAGUCCCUUCAGAGGGAGCUGGCCGGACUCUCCGAGCGCUACUCUCAGAAGUGUCUGGAGCUGAAUCGAGCGGAACAGAGCAGCGCCGAGAGAGAGAGAGAGAUCAGCCGCAAGGAGAGAGACAUGGAGCAGCUGAGGAAAGAGAACCUGGACUUGAAGGCCCGUUUGACCGAGGAGAUGAGCCGUGUACGAUCCACCAUCAAAGAUCCGGACAGAUCGAAGGACAAUAAAGACGGGACGUCCUGUGAACUCGAGGUUCUUCUCAGGGUGAAAGAAAACGAGAUCAACUACCUACAGAAGGAGAUUAGCUGUUUAAGGAAUGAACUGCAGUUUCUCAACACGGAGAAACGUCUGGCCUGUGAACGCUACACGGAGGUGCACGAGGAGCUGAGUGGCAUGAAGGGCCGGAGCGAGCGGGAGAUCCAGAGUCUGAAGGAGCACUUGAGGCUGGCGAUGGCUGCUCUGCAGGAGGGACAGAAGCUGGGCAACAGCCUGGACCACUGAGGACCAGCUGCUGGUACCAACGCUCCGGCAGAUACAGCGACAGGUGACUGAAACAAAGAGGAGAGAGAGAGGAGCAGAGGAGACGACUGUUGGAUUUGUACAGUUCCAGCUGUGAUGACGUUGCCUUAGUUUUCAAUCAUUCUGCCAACGAGCAGCAUAGAGUAGCUAUUAGCUGGUUUAAUUACACUGGGCCACACAUGAUAUAUAAAACUGCACUUUUCAUUUGUUUUUUAUUGGAGCUUCUGUGAGUGAAAGCGUGUAUGAGUGAGCAUUCUGUCUUGAAACUGGGACGUUUGUCGAGUGGCAUGUUUUAUCUUUUUUUAAAGAGGUGUUGUAGAUAAAGACUUGAUGCUGCGUCAGCUUUUUUUUUUGGAUAAACGUCUCGUUGCCACUGAGUCUCCUGCCCGAGGCCACAGGAGUCGGCCCAGUCACAGAAGAGCUGCUGUCAGAUCAGUUUUCUGUCGUACAGCUUCUCAUUCAGUGGAAACCGCCCUCGUCUCCUUUACAGACGGGAGCUUAUCAUGUGGUUUUAUUAUUUUUCUAUCUUGCGGCAUUGAGAACACAACUUGGGAUCAAUACAGGACAAGACGGCAAACUUUUCCACUUCCUGGCAAGCUGAGUAGGAAGUUGUUCCACUCGUGUAGAAUCCUAUCCAGGAUCAGCUUUCUCUGGGGAAGCUUGUGAGAGCUGUUGAAUGAAUGUUGUCCCACAUCACACACGUGUCCACCUGCGUGUUGAGACCUCGGCCGAGACGCUUCCAGUUUCCCCCUGACCCUUGUUGGAGUUCCUCCGGCACAACGAGCGACAGGUGUUGCAUUGAUGAGCCAAUUUUUUCCUUUUUUUUUUUUUUUUAUGGACAGUAUGUAUUGUGAUAAAAUUACUUAUCUACCUGCCUUUUUGAAAACUUUUUUCAUAUUUAAUGUACCGAAGAGCCUGUAUCUGUCUUUGUAAAUUAUACACAUUUUUGCAAUCAAUAAAAAAAGUUCAACAUAAAA